UCCAAGAGUCGCGAACCGUGUCGCGUAUUUAAACCGUCGCCAGCAUAGGUUUGCGUCAAUCACAUGUGAAACGACCUUUAGAGGCCCGCGGAAGCUAUGAAAGGCGCAACCUGGUUGAUCGUGAGCUUAGCCUUGUGCUGGGACAGCGCGUGGGGGAAUGUCGUGAAAGUGAACUUGGAUGACACCCUCAAGUACAACCAUGUCGGGGUAGAGGGGGAUGAUACCCCCAAGCCGGACGAAGAUGAUUGGUGGAAGAAUGCGGUGUUCUAUCAGAUCUAUCCUAGGUCGUUUAGAGAUAAUGAUCGAGAUGGAGACGGAGACCUCAAAGGUGUGAUAGAAAAGCUGCCUUACCUCAAAGAGCUCGGCAUCACAGGCGCAUGGCUGUCCCCAAUCUUCAAAUCUCCAGAAGCUGAUCAGGGCUACGAUGUAUCUGACUACCGUUCCAUUAACGAAAGGUUUGGAACUAUGGCCGAUCUGACGGAGUUAGUGAAAGAAGCUCAUAAACUUGGACUGAAAAUCAUUUUGGAUUUCGUUCCCAACCACACAAGUGACCAGCAUGACUGGUUCCAGAAGUCUGUGGCAGGUACCGAUCGUUACAAGGACUACUACGUUUGGAAAGAUGGAAAAUACAAUAAAACAAAUGGAGUUAGACUACCGCCUAACAACUGGGUGAGUUCUUAAAACGUUUUUCUAUUUUCUAAGCCAGGUAUAAAGACAAGCACCAUAAUGGAAGAGCAUAACUUGUAAACGUCAAAACUAUCACGGAGAAUCUUUGUGUACAUCAAUUAGUAGAUAUCUGUCAAGGAGGUCGGUUCGACGUUUUCCUGUGUAUUAUAGGUCGGCUUGUUAAUCUGCCGAUCUGGUCACCCAGAAACCAGAGAAACGGAAAAAACGGAAGAAGGAUGACG